GUUGGUGAGUCUAGCACAUUCAACGAAUACUUGUGUGGCCAGUUGGAAUCGAUUGGAAUGUUCAAACGGGUGAUUGCUGACUUCUUAAUGGCCGAAAACAAACAACACGUGAUGCUGGUGGCCUUCUUGGACCAACGAGGUUUACGCAGUCCGUGGCGAUCAGUUCGCGUACGCUGUGCCUACCUAAUCACACCGUUGAUCAAAUCACAUCGUAAAACGCUGGUUCCUCAUACCGAACAACUACUAGCUCAGUUCGCUGACUUACUCCAACUUCCUUGUGAACCGGAUCCAUCGAUCAAUAUCCCUCAUUGUGGUUCUUGCAAAGUCGGUGAUCAGUUGAAACAUGACAACCCACCUGGUCCGCUGCUGAGUGUCACCGAGACCAGCUUCCUCUAUGAAGCAGCAGCCCAGUUGAUAGCUGCGGGUGGUACUGUAUCAACACCUGUGGUAACAACUAAUGAAGUGGGUACUGUUGAAGACCGUGCAGGUCAUCUGUUUCGCAUGCUUCUGGCUCCGGUGUUCGCGCAAUAUGGUCAGUUGGUUGAGUUGUACGUUUCCGAAUCAGACCCCAAAACUGCGGAGGCCAGAGGUCGACUGACUAAGCAAGCGGCAGAUUUGAUCACUCGUACCAGCCGUGUGUUCUCGCAACCUAAGUCGGUCUUGACUCCUACUUGUCAAGCUGUGUUAUGCGAAGCUUUGCAAAUAAUGUUAACCGGAUUGACCCGGUUCCCAUCAGAAGCUUGGGCCCCUGGUCGAGCGGCCGCCUGUGCCGGCGUGCGGGCUUUCCUUCAUCGGAUGGUCGCUUGUUUGGGACCAUCGUCACCGACAGAGCAACCAAGCGACUCCAACCACGUUUCCGAAAUCCUACUUGCCGCACUGAUACAAGCAGUACCACAAUUAGUACGGCCCUUGCAAGUUCACCACCGUCUUAACGGUUGGGCAAAUGGAGGCGUGCUACCAAACGUAGCGGAUGCAGAACAACGGUGGCACGAAAUCCGGGAUGUGAUCCCCUUGAUCACACAAGUGAUUCUACGGUACAAGCCGCUUUCGUCAAUUUUGGCACAAGUUGAAGCGUGCAUUGAUGCGGACGAUCCAUUGGGUUUGCGUUCCGGCUUACUAUUGUUCCUUCAACUUAUCCAAUUAAAUGCAAACGACAAUCAAUUUUAUGAAAAUUUUCUUCUGUCCCAGCUCGUUCCGUUCUGUGUGGUAGCACCCACUCGACCCAAUUUCCGACUUACAGACGCACAAUUCGGCCUUGCUCUAAACGAAGUUGGCAAUUGUUUGUUCGUUUUAGCUCAGAAACAGCCCGGUUUGUGCUCAUUUCUGCAAAACGUAUUCCUACCUGGACAACAGCUGUCAAAUGAUUUGAUACAAUCGUAUGUUGGCACUCUUAAAGCUCACAAUGUGAAAGACUUUUGUACAUUUUUGAGGGGUCUUUGUGACAGUGCAGAUUCUUUGGAAGCUGGGGAUGCAAAAACAAGCACACGUUUCGUAUCAAGACCGGAAUACUGA